ACAUACAUAACAGCAAAAAUUCUCUUUUUUACCAUCAGGAAUUCUGAGGGGUUGCUGUCUAACAAAAGAGUCACGAAGAGGAGGAUAAUGGUUUUGACAAUGCUUGAAUCCAAUGACAAAAAUAAACAAUUUAGAAGUUUGCGUUCUAUCCUGGUAAUGGGAGGGUGGGGGUGAAGGUGAUGGUGCUGCUGCUGGCGGUGGUGGUGGUGACGCUAAAGCCGAUGGUGGUGGUACAGUCAGGUAGACAUAUACCUCCCCGCUUGGCCUUUCCCAAUGAAGAUCAAUAUUCCUAACCAAAAGGAGGCAGAGAAACUCCAGGAAUUGUGGAAGGGGUGCGAAUCAAAUCACUCUAUAGGCAAAGCCUGUUGCUGCCAUCACACUUGAGAACUUGUCCUUGCGGAGGAAGCUUCCUCGACGAGGUCGAGCAUACGAAUUGAAUUAUUAUAACGCGAAACACGGUUUAAAAGGCCAGUGAUGUGCGGUGGACUCAAAUCAAAGGAUUAUGGAUAGACUGAGUAAUUUGACUCGUGGCGUAAAUACGACAACAUCUUCGACUGGACAAAAUUGUAUAUCGAAUUCGUCAAGCUCAGAAUCGCUGGACAAGUUCCUGAUAACAGCACCGUCCUGGUUCGACGCAAAUCAAGAAUUAAGAUGGAUCUUUCUUCUGCACACUUAUGGAUUUGCAUGUCUCUUUUUUGUACUCAGCUUUUACACAUUUUUCUCCAUACUCAACUUAAGAUCCCUAAUUUCAAGUCGGCCUUUUAUGUCCACAAUUAAUAUUUUUCUCUGUCUACUCGGAGCAUCUAGAUCAGGCUGUCUCUUUAUAGAUCCCUACAACCUUAAAGAGACAAUGCCUAGAGUGAUGGGCUCAAUAAUGUGGGACAUUGGAUUUCCCUGCAUAACAUCAGCCUUUUGCCUGAUCCAAUUGGCAUUUCUGCAGUUAACACAACUCAAAUUUGGACCUGAAAAGAUACAAAAAGAAUCUUGUCUCAGUUUGGUAAUAACGUCGCACUUUUCCUGCAUCAUUGCAAGCGAUGUGGCUCUUGCUUUUCAUAAUCACUACAUUGCCAAGUAUGUGGUCCAGACUGUUUUUCUGAUCUGGAGCAUCCUCUUAUACUUGACGUUCCUACAUGCAGGAUACAAAGUCAUGCAUUUACUCAGAACGAUGCCAAACAGCAUGCUGACGCGUGACAAUUCUCAUGCGAAUCAAAAAGGCAUAAUGCAGCUUGCCAUGCUAGCCCCAUACAAUAAUUUAGCGACAUCAGUCGCUGCUGCAUUGGUACCCACUUUGCUUGGUCCUAAAUUGAAAGUAGCAGAGGAAAAUGAAACGCCUGGAAGUCUCAAUAAAAAUUCUGAACUAAAUCAAAGUCUGAAAGCUCAAUCCAUAACAAGGGUCUCAAAGUGCCAGGAACUGAUUCGAAAGGAUUCGGGAAAGACUACAGCUACAGCUGCUGGAAAAAUGUGUAUAUCAUCAAACAACACUGAGCUUCCACAGAUUCAGGCUACCACGACCGUACCGGAAGUGUACGUCAGGCCUCCAACACCUACACCUUCCACAGCGAAUUUACCAAUAAUAAUGGUAUCGAGUCCUAGUCGUAGAAGUUCUCUGGCUAGUCGACGUGGUAGUGACAUAUCCGGUUCCUCCAGAAGGAAUUCAGAGUGCAGCGUGAGGUUCAUAAACGAGGAAGAAGUUUCACCUAUGUCGGAAAUAAAACGCAGUUCUGACAUUAAUGUAAAGCAAUCACCGGAAGUGGAGAGGCCUCGAACCCCAGAAGGAAUAUUGCGUAGGCAUUCUGAAAACAUUACACCGUCUGGUAGCACAAAAGAUUUAAGAAGAUGUUCAGACUUUACUCAUGAAAAAAAUCGCAGUUCUCAAUUCGCUACGAAAUUGAGGAGGAACAGCGAUUUUGGUAAUAGAACACCAAAAAGAAUGUUGCCACCGGAAGAGCAACCGAAAUUACCCAAAGUACUUGACGUCAGUCCAGCAGGCUCCCGACGUAAUUCUGAUCUUGGUGGUUUGACAGGCGUAAAAUUGAAUUCGCGAAGGAACACGGAUUUUUCAUUCAGACGUAAUUCCGACGUGAUAAAACCCUUUCUUGUAAAUCGUCGUUCCAGCGACAUUAGUAUCAGGACGUUGGAUAAGAGUCCUACUCACUAUCAGUCAAUAUUGCCUGAGAAACCUGAAAUACAAGAGAAAUCCGAAUCAGAUUCAGAACAGCCCGAUUGCAACGAGAGGGCAGCACUGAUGAGCGACAAACCUAAAGACAAGGAUGAAGAGUUGAAAGGUCGUAAGAAAAGUCUUUCCUGGAAAACAGAUAAGAGCAAGGAAGAUCAUGAAGAGAUUACAGCCGAAACAAGCCUGUUACCCGAAGCUGCUAUACCAGAAGUAAGAGUAACGGGAGCCGACUUCACUCUUCACUCCAUACUGAAUCACAUUGCUUAUGUGAAUAGAGCAAAGUCCGACACUCCCCUUCAUAUACCGGAAGCGGAUACCGCAGCGGCAAGAAAAUCGCAAAUUCGACGCGUUCUCAAUGUUACCUACGCCACGGCAUUUUUGGGAAUAAUAUUAUGCAUUGCAGACAUAGCACGUAUAUUCGGGCCGUAUGGUCUGUUGGCUGAAACUGUUAAAUACGGUACGCGACCAGCUGCCACACAAUUUCCCAGACCAUGGCCGUGGUUGCUCUAUCAAACUUUGUGCAGAGCUGUGGAACUGAUAAUGGGUUGUGCAAUGGCAAGUAUAACUAAACAGCCAUCGGUAAGCCCACGGCAUCAAUAUCUCAACAACUAUCCUAGUUAUAGUUUGCGCAUCAAACAGAGAGAUGGUCUUUACAUAUAAAGCAAUACAUUGAUCAUUUAACAUCGGUAACGAUAUUGAUCGAUUAUAUUAUGAUAUAUCAAAAUUCGUAUUUUUGAAGAUAUAUACGUUUAUAUAUAUAUCUCACUCUCCCAUUAGUCUGUACUAUACGCUCGGAGAGAGACUCUUAAGAGACAAUUGAAUCUGUAAUGUCGAAAGCUAAUCGAUUACGAAUACCGUUGAGUUGUGUUUAGCUGCUGCUUCUUCACGGAGCUGAAGAGUCUUUAGAUCUGCAAAGAAAAAGAAUUCAAGUAUUAGUAGAUUCUGAUACGAUAAAGGGGAACAGUAUUGAUUAUUAAAAAAAUAAAUCAAGAAAAUACAGUAACAAUCAGCAAUGCAAAAAUCCUAUGAUCGUGAGUUAACGAUCUGGAAGAACAAAGGAAGAAAAAGUAACAAAAAAAAAUGUGUAGCAAUAGUUUGAUGUAACAUUCUAAAAGCAGUGACUGUGUUCAAAACCGCGUAUAUACUCAAGCUCGUUUAUUCAAAUAUUACUUCAUAUACAAAGCCUCCCCUGUCAAGAUGAUCUAUUUUAGCCAACAAGGAAGCUAUAUUUUUCACGUUAGAUUAGUUUCCAGGCAAAACAUGAAAGGAAUCGAGAAUAUCACAGAGAAGAAAGGUAUAAAAUUAUCCUCGACUCGUUUGCUUGCAAUCUCUAUUAAUUCUAUACAUAUAUUAUGGAUAGUCGUUGAUUCAGAGAGAAGGAUGAAGGGAAAAAAAAGAGUUUGAAUCAAAUCUCUUCUCAAUGCUAUUGCGGUCACACGUGUCUUUCAAUAUGUAACUUUGUUUAAACGCCGCAAUAGAUUGUACAUAAAGAACAAUCUUUAGUCUAGCUUAUAUAUUAUAGUCCCUGAAACGAAACAAAGCGAAUGCAUUGUAUACAAAAAAAAUACAAUAACAAGAACGCAUUACGUUUUGCACUCUCAGUGAUGGGACAAUAAUAAUAAAUUACAAAACCUUUUUAAAGUGCCCUACUCUUGAAUGUCGAAGAAAUGAGAAAGCUGUUUAAUAGUAAAAAAUUGAUGUCUCGAUGGUUUAAUUACAUGAAAGAAUUUGAAAAUUGUAAUAACUCGAUGUCUUGUGAUCCUAUAAUAUAUGUGAUACGCGUUUAAAUGUUUAACGACACGAUCAACGGUAAGAAUUUUAUGCUCGUGUAAGAUUCCACGUGGAAUAUUCCGUAUCAAGAUAAUUAUCACGUUUCAUCGCUUUACACUAGACAGACGAAAAGAUCAAGACAAGAGAUUGAGGUUAGGAAUACAGAUUUCACGUCCAUAAGUGACACUAGCGCACCAUAUGAUACAUGUUAUUGGGAAGUUUCGACUGAUUUUAUACAAUUUUUUAAUUAACAAGUUUGACCUAUUACUAAUUACUGCCUGACACGGAACAUUCCAUAGACUCUUUGAAAAAGCCUGAUUAUUCUUAUUAUAUAUAAAAUUGAGCUGAAUUCUAAAUGAUAUAUAUAUAUAUUAUAAAUUCGAUUGUCUGUUCUUCACACGAGCAUUAAAUACGAAAGCCAACGUUAUCGUAUUGGUAUAUAUAUACAUAUACAAUGUAUCUGUAUAUAAUAUACAGAUAUAGUUCUUAUGCUAGUUGAAAAAAAAAAGUAUAUAAUGGGUGUUCAAUGUGCCAAAUAUUCAUGUUAUCUAUUUUAAAUGUUUACGAGUAUAUAUUGAAGAGGUAUACAAUUAUUAUAUUAUAAUAGUAAAGGAGGUGCAAAUCGGCACAAACCAUUAAUACAAAUAAUUAUUUAUGUACGAUUGGAUUUAUAGUAAUACUGUAGUAAUCGAGAAGACAAUGAGUGUGUGACGUCAUCUAGUCAAUGCUUUCGAGGCAGUGGUGUGUAAAUAACUAUUUUUAUCAAUGGGCAAAACAUUAUCAGUAUUUUUAAGGUCUGAGUGUUGUUAUCGGUCAUAUACACUUUCUAUUGCUUGCAAAAAAAAUUUGCGUUGGAUAUAUAAGACAAUAUUAGCGAUUAUUGUAAUAAUCCAUCACGAAAGCGUGACUCGAAUUUCGAUACGUUUGGACCAGAAAAAUCAUUGCUUUAUAAAAAAAAAUUACAGGACAUUUAAGAAUCAGCAAUUUGAAUUCUGUGGUAUUUAUGGAAAGAUGUCUUUUCUGUUUUACCGAUCGGUAAAAUUACAAGUACAGUGUUCUUUGUUGAAUAGGGUAAUACAAUUGCUUAACGACUUUUGUUGUUGUCUCACAUUAUUUUUUGCACAUGGAUUUUCUUGCAACUGCCAAUAGAAUUAAUUCAGACGGGAGAUUCGAAUAUCGAGAUUAGAGUCAUACUGGGAUGUUAUGAAAUGAGAUUCUUCAGAAUCUAUGCAUAAUGUAAAUAUGAAAGGAAAAUAAUCACAGCAGUAAUUCGUGGAUCAAACAGAAAGUUGAGAUUUUUAGAAGUUGAAUUAAUAUGGCUUAGGAUAUCUAACACGAUUCUAAUAACUGCAUUUUCCUCCAUUGCUAUGGUGCUUUUCGCAAGGGACAUGUGAAACAAGUAUCUGGAGAUUUAUGUACACCUGGUAUAUCAAGUAUACAUAGAAGACAAAUGCUUUGAAGAGCAUUUCCAAUAAACUGUUAGUCACAAGACCAAUGUUUAUCAGUAUAUUUCAGAAACGUGAUAUAUAGCUGUAGUGCUCAAGCAGUGUUGAAUCAUCUAAAUCAUGCUCCACAGUAACGGAGCAGUAAUGCUAGAAAAAUUAACAUAGCAGUAGAUAACUUUUGUCUAAUGUAUCUUUCGCAAGAGACAAUGAGUUCUUAUAAAAGAAUAAACGGAAAUGGAAUUCGUAUAAUUGAAAAUAAAAUUUUACAAAAUAAAGAAUA